AUGUUCACUACCAGACUUUUUGCAAAGACUUUGCCAAAGUUUGCCAAGCCAACCUUGACUGCCAGAGCUAUGUCUACUGGACUGUCCGACUUCCCAGAUCUCUUGAAGGUUAAUUAUCAUGAGGAAUUUGACCAAGGUCUCACCGAUGCUGAAAAGGCUAAGAUGAAGAGGGUUGACAUCUACAGAUCAAACCCAAGCGAUCCCGAAGAUAUCCCAAAAUACGUUACUUACUACAUCAACAGAGAUGAAUGCGGCCCAAUGUUCUUGGAUGCUCUCAUCAAAGUCAAGGAUGAGAUAGACCCAACCCUAUCUUUCAGAAGAUCAUGCAGAGAGGGAAUUUGUGGAUCAUGCGCUAUGAAUAUGGACGGAAGACACCACCUCGCCUGUCUGUGCUCUCUUCCAGAUAAUAAUGAAAAGAGUGUAAUUUCUCCUCUCAUGGGAAUGUUCGUCCUCAAAGACUUGGUUGUAGACAUGACUCAUUUCUAUGCCCAGUAUAAAUCAAUCGACCCAUAUUUGAAGAGAAAGACACCCAAAAAGGAAGGAGAGAAAGAGUAUUACCAGAGUAUCGAAGACAGGAAGAAGCUUGAUGGACUCUAUGAAUGUGUGCUCUGUGCAUGCUGCUCAACCUCAUGCCCAAGCUACUGGUGGCAUCCACAGGAAUACCUUGGACCAGCUGUCCUCAUGCAGGCUUAUAGAUGGGUGAUCGAUUCAAGAGAUGAAUACACAGAGGAAAGACUCGAGGCUAUUGGUGGAGACAUGAAGCUUGAUGAGUGCUACCAGAUCGGUAUCUGCUCACUUGCCUGUCCAAAGCAUUUGAACCCAAGAGAAGCUCUUCAAAGCCUUAAGGAUCUAUACUUAGAACACAAAGAGAAGAAAGAGGCAGAGGAAGGAUUCUAA